AUGACAGAGAAGGGAGUGAACAGUGAAGGAUUCAGAAUCACAAUGUCUCAAAUAUGGAGGUUGGAUGGGUGGGUGACCUUUAAGGAACUUGGUGAUCAAUGCUUCUUGAUCGAGUUUCAGAAAAUAGAAGACAAAGAAAAGGUGCUGAGUGGACGUCCAUGGUUUUUUGACAGACACCUCCUCACCAUGAUGGAGGUGGAUGAGAAGGAAUCCAUAGAUGGGUUGAAGUUCUGUUUUGAGCCAUUUUGGAUACAACUACACAAUUUUCCACUAUCAGUCAUGACAGAAGGUUUCGGUGAGCAGUUUGCAAAGGCUAUAGGCUCGGUCAUUAGAUUAGAAGCAGAAGCAGAUGGACCUGCAUGGGGAAGAUGCCUUAGAGUUAGGGUGGCAGUGGACCUCAACAAACCUUUACUACGAGGGAAAUGGUUAAGGCUGGAUGACAAACAACACUGGAUCUCAUUCAAAUACGAGAGGCUGCAAAAUUUUUGUUUUCAGUGUGGAAUUCUUAAUCACAAAGGCAAAGGCUGCUCAACAGCUCUUAAUGCUCAGCAAGGAGAUACAUUACCCCCAUCUCAGUAUGGUCCAUGGCUUCGAGGACAGCCCAGGAAUACAAACAUCUUCGAUAGCCGUAGAUACGGUGGAUCAAAGGGAGGAAACAACCAAUAG